AUGUAUGAGGUCCCCGCGCCGCUGUGGAACGGCCCCGAGGAACACGUGAGCGGCCCCGGAGCGAGCCAGGGCGGACCACCGUCCCCGGAGCGAGCAAGGGCGGACCGCAUGCACAGCCCCGGAGCGAGGAAGGGCGGACCGCGUGAGCGGCCCCGGAGCGAGCAAGGGCGGACCGCGAUAGCGUCCCCGGAGCGAGGAAGGGCGAACCACGUGAGCGGCCCCAGAGCGAGGAAGGGCGGACCGCGUGAGCGUCCCCGGAGCGAGCAAGGGCGGACCGCAUGCAAAGCCCCGGAGCGAGGAAGGGCGAACCACGUGAGCGGCCCCAGAGCGAGGAAGGGCGGACCGCGUGAGCGUCCCCGGAGCGAGCAAGGGCGGACCGCAUGCAAAGCCCCGGAAAGGAAGGGCGAACCACAUGAGCGGUCCCAGAGCGAGGAAGGGCGGACCGCGAUAGCGUCCCCGGAGCGAGGAAGGGCGAACCACGUGAGCGGCCCCAGAGCGAGGAAGGGCGGACCGCCCCCGGAGCGAGGAAGGGCGAACCACGUGAGCGGCCCCAAGGCGAGGAAGGGCGGACCGCGUGAGCGUCCCCGGAGCGAGCAAGGGCGGACCGCAUGCACAGCCCCGGAGCGAGGAAGGGCGGACCGCGUGAGCGGCCCCGGAGCGAGCAAGGGCGGACCACGUGAGCGGCCCCGGGGCGAGGAAGGGCGGACCGCGUGA